UGUUGCCAUAAUCAUUGCCAUUGCCAAUGCCAGGCAUCUUGCUGGCUAGGUAUUGUGAAUCCGUGAAAGCCUAAAGUUGGCGUUUGUUCAGAUCGAGCGGCAACGAUCCCAGUUGGCAUUGAUCCUCAUCAUUAAACCAGGGCCAGGGCGUACCACCACAACUAAGGGCGUUCUUUUCAACCAACACCGCCCCCUAAAGAUAGGGAUAUAAGCAUAUAAGACUCUUAGUUACAUGCUUGCUGCCGGCCAUUGUUGGUGGUUGUGUCGUUCAUUCGUCAAGAUACUCUCCUUGAGAAGCCCGAUCCCUCCCACAAGGCUUGCAUACGGAUUUUCUCGAAAGGGGGGAAAGGUGCAUUUGAGGCAGGUUCCGGUCUGGCAUUUGUUGCUGCCCAACUCCGCCGCGUGGGUGCGGUUCUUUUCUUGGCACCUCGAAGUGUCCACCCUCGCUUGGUGCAGCGAGGGACCAUGAGGCUGGCCCAGCUGCUGCCCCUCCACCAUGUUGCCACGCUGCGUGGCCCUGCCUGCUGCCACCGCUGCUAGCCCCUGCUCCCUCUCACUCGCGUCCAUUCCUCAGACCGUCCCUCGGCAGCUGGCCAGUCCCCCAGCCAGCAGCGCGCGUGCCAGGCCCUCAGCAUUGUUCCUCCCGGCCGCUCCCCGGGGUGUUCUUGCUGCAGCUGGCUCUCCCGCAAGCGUGACCGAGGCGCCUGCCCUCCCCGCCCCCCCCCACCGCCUGCCCCGCAUGGCGGCCCUGCCGGCGGUGGCGCCGAAGCCCCCGGUGGGCAGCCCCAGCCACACUGCGACGGAGGAGCUGUACGAGGCGAGCCAGAAGAUCCUGGACCGGCUGCCCAAGAAGCAGGUGUACCUCUUCUACUGCACCGAGAACAAAGAGCUCGCGCAGCAGGUCGCCCGGGACGGCGAGAACAUCGAGCUCCGCGAGAUCGAGUGGAAGCGCUUUGCCGACGGCUUCCCCAACCUCUUUGUCCCUGGCGCGCACGACAUUCGCAACCGGCACGUGGCAUUCCUGGCGUCCUUCCACAGCCCCGCAGUCAUCUUUGAGCAGAUCAGCAUCAUCUACGCCCUGCCGCGCAUGUUUGUCGCGUCAUUCACGCUCGUGCUGCCCUUCUUCCCCACGGGCACCGCGGAGCGCAUGGAGGACGAGGGCGACGUCGCCACUGCGUUCACGCUCUCGCGCAUCCUGUCCAACAUCCCCAUCUCGCGCGGCGGGCCCACCUCCGUGGUCAUCUUUGACAUCCACGCCCUCCAGGAGCGCUUCUACUUUGGCGACAACGUGCUGCCCUGCUUUGAGAGUGGCAUCCCCCUCCUCAAGGAGCGCCUGCGCCAGCUGCCCGACGCCGACAACGUGGUGGUGGCCUUCCCGGACGAGGGGGCCUGGAAGCGCUUCUACAAGUCGCUGGGCGAGUACGAGACGAUCAUCUGCACCAAAGUGCGCGAUGGCGCCAAGCGCAUUGUGCGGCUCAAGGAGGGCGAGCCGGAGGGGCGCCACGUGGUGAUUGUCGACGACCUGGUGCAGUCGGGCAGCACGCUCAUUGAGUGCCAGAAGGUGCUGGGGGCGCUGGGCGCGUCGCGGGUGAGUGCCUACGUGACGCACGGCGUGUUCCCCAACAACAGCUGGGAACGCUUCCAGUGCGACAACGGAGAGGGCCCGCAGCACGGCUUUGCGCGCUUUUGGAUCACGGACUCGUGCCCCCAGACGGUGGCUGCCGUCAAGGGGCGCGCGCCGUUUGAGAUCCUGAGCCUGGCUGGGCCCAUUGCCGCAGCGCUGCACAUCUGAGGGCCGCCGCAGGAGUGGGCAGCGGGCAGCGGGCAGGGCAAAGCAGCGCGACAGGUACGACAGAGAACGAAACUAGAACCCAUUUGAAACCGCUUCUCAAUAUUGGUGUUGCCUCGGAGGGAGUCUGAUUACAUCACCUAGGGGGAGGAAUCAUUGUAGCAGUCUGGUACUGUAAAGAUAUGGGGUACCGUUUGCAGGCUCUGGGAGAUGCAAACUUAUCGGAAAAUGAAAAUGAAAAGGUCGUUCUCCAUCUAAUAACGCAGUAGCUUGAAAGCUCAUUAGGAAGUCACUGGAUCCGGGAAUUUACAUUCGAAGUACUACGGUCGACAAUCUACCUAGGUUUUUGAAAUUGCAGGAAGGAUGGUCUGUAAACCCUGUGUUUCUUAUCGUCACAGCAGGCUUGAGGAAAAUGUAGUCUGGUCACAGCAUGAUGCGAGCUCCAUAGCCAUACGCAAGCACUGACGAAUCAGGGAAUGAUUGGGUAUAACCUGGAUCAUUCCAACAACGCUAUGGUUUCUGAGAAAUUGAACCCAUGUUGGAUAUGCGCUGCCUGACACGAUCAGUGCAGCCCGACGGGCCCUAGCAAAAAGGGGCGGUAUAAGUCCGGCAGCCACGGCGGCGCUCUGUCGACCUUUUGCAGACGAG